UGCAGGUGGAGGGGAGGUGUCUGGCUGCCUGCUGGACCACACUCUUGCUGCUCAUACCUUGCUUAUACAUUCCCACUUCAGUGUGAUCACUGCGUAUACACACACACACACACCGUGUGUACACACACAGCACACACUUGGUGUACACACUGCUCAUGAAGAAUCACCUACAUAGCCCACCAACCAGGAAAUUCAACAACUUGACAGGCUCUGCUCUAGUCACAGAGGACUUGGUUGAAUACCAAUCACUUGAACCAGGAAAGGUCCCUUUGGGAAAAAGCUCUACCACGACUGAUUUGACAACAUCUCCAAGGACCUCUGAUGGUUCCAGUGUCCAGAAAUAAAUUAAAAGCAGAAACAAAAAUGGUUCCUUGACAACCAUUUAUGUAUAUUGCCAAGAUGUCAAGAUGGGUCCGUGGUGCAAUUUGGGCUGCUGGUUCGUGUGUGGUUUGGUGCCCUGUGUGUGUGUGCCUCAGUGGUGGAGGUGCUUGGUGGGUGUGUGCCUGUGCUGUUGGCCUCAUUACCAUCACCCUGGGUUCUGGGUACACCACAUGGACAGUCUUCAACAGUUUACUUCAACAUGGUCCACAGUCUUAUCCAUUAUUUGCACAGUGCUUCAGCAUUAUGGAGCAUGUUGUUGACAGAGGCCAGCCACAUGCUGCCACUACAAAUGAGAUGGGAAGAUCUUCUAAAGCUUGUGGCACAAUAAGAAUCCUGGGUGGAACGCGGCACCACAGAGCCAGUGGAUUGGAACCCAUUAUGCAGGAGAUGGUGGCCACUGCUAAUUCCCUGCAUUCCUGCUUGGUCUUGCCUUGGUACUCGCUUGUGUCUCCUGAUAACCACUUUUCCCACCAGAUCAAGGAUGUAUUGGAAGAAAUGCUUAUGAGUAUGUGUCAUAGAGUUCAGGAAUCGGGCAGCAUCACAUAUAUUGCAUCUGGUGUUAUUCAAAUCUACGUACAACACUACCGUCAGUACCACCGAGCACUCAGAAAAAUAUCGAAGAAACACAAAGAUGUUGAGUUUUUAAGCAAUGCAGGAGUACAGGAAGUACAAGCCAAAUAUAAACCCUUGCACCCUGCCCUCAAAAGUUCUGAAACCCUGCAACUGUAUUAUCGCAAACUUGCACAAAUUUUACUACAACAUUAUUUACCUAUUGAAGUGACACGUUGUGACCAUUUGAUCUCACUUAGAGAUCUUUUUGCUCAAAACAUUUUACAGGCCCUUGUGGACCUCCUUUGUGAUAAUCUGUGGCUUAACACAACACUUGUAGAAAUACUCUCGGGAGUGGCAGAGGAUACAAUAAACAGUGAAGAAAUACAGAAAGGCAGUCAGUUAAGAGAGGAAAAGACUCUGAUUCAAAAUUCUGUUGAAAUAUUGACGAGUGCAUCACUAAUUGCAAAUGAAGAUAAAAUGUUACACACAAAUUUCCUUGAAUCAAUAGAAGAGGAGACUGUGUCAGAUCUCCAACAGAUAGACUCUGUAUGUUCCCUUCCUGCUCAAAACUCAUUACUUAGUGAAAGUUGUCCAUCAAAAUCUGACAGUAAAGACAUAUCUGAAGAGAAAAAAUUUGAAAAUGCUGAGGCCCUUGUUGAAUAUGUAAGGAGUUCCAGUCUAGAGAAGAAGGAUAGUAGUGAAGAGGAGGAUUAUAGGAGUGUGUCUUCAGCAUUAGGCACACUUAUUUCUACCACAGCAGGUCCUUUGCUACCAGACAACUCCUCUUCUCUCCUGUAUCAGCCAUUUAUGUCUAAGAUGUGGGAGAGUCCUGUGGAAGAUAGGUGUUUUGUUGAUGCUCCACCAGUAAAGAAAAAGAAGAAUCCUUUUUCACGUACUGUUGUGGAAGGCAUGAAGGAGGAGGAUUACAAAUUAAUGUAUUCUCCAAGUAAAGAUGAGAAGACUUCAGUGAAUAUAUCUGGUUCAGCUUCAGAAGAAGACUACUGCAUGGUGCCAAAGUUAGAGGAAGCAAGUAAAAUGAGAAUAGAAAUUAGAGUUGAGGAUAGUGAAUGUGUGAAUAAUAAAGAUAUUGAAAAGUCUUUAAGUAUACCCAGCCUAAGAGAUAUUCCUAGAAGUAAGAGUUGUGGAAAUCUUAUAAAUAAAGAGAAAGACAUGGCCUUGGAUGAGGAAGCAAAAUUAUGUUCCUCACUCAAUGAACUAGACAGGCCAAAAGACCCAGAAGAGUUGAAAGGUUGGGCUAACAAUGAUUCAUUUAGUGUAAGUGAAAGUGAAGAUUUGGGAAACAGGAAAGAAAAAGGUCAUUUGGUGAAAAUGUUGUCGUUUGAUAAGAACGAUGGAACAGAUGAGGUUUCCAUGCAAAGUAGUGAACUGGAUUCCAGAACUGGUGACUUGCCUCCACAAAGGCAAAGUGAGUGUUCAGAAGUUUUUCAGAGCAGCCAGAAUUGUGUUCCUCCUGCUUUAACGAGUUCAGACUCCCUACCGACUGAAACAGUGUCCGAGUCUAAUGCAGAUGCUGAACUUCCUGGUACUUCAGAGAUUCCACAUUCACCUCCUAUAAAUAAUGCUGGAUUUGGUUGGGAGAAUCCAGACCUCUCGCCAAUAUAUGAAGAAAGUGAAGACUUGGCAUCUACAAUUGCCAAAUUAAGGUCAUUACUUACUGAGAGGGAAAGUCAACAUAGCCUUGGUAGUCUGAGUUCUCAUGGAUCAAGUGAAAGUGAACCCAAAUCUGCGCAGUCUGACCCUGGAAGAUACAGUUUGGAGAAAUCACGUUUCACCUUCACUCAUAAAGACAGUUCUGGCUCCUUGGCCUCUGUAAAAUCUGUAUCAAGUUUGGAAUCCUGUGGAAAUGGUACUACAGAUGAGGAGCUCUUAGAAGCUGCUGAAAUUCCACUAGAUGGUAGAGUGUUCCUCAGUGUUAGUGUUCCAUCGACAGAGGUACACACAGAACCUGGAGGUGCUCAGUAUACCCUCUAUACUAUUCAGUAUGAUGCCAUUUAUUUGUGUGAGACAUCAACGGUAGCCCCAGCCACUGAAGGUGGAGAGGAAGGUGCUUGUGAGCCAGUUCUCAUCUCAGAGCCUCGUAUGGUCUUGCAGACUAACUGUGUUAAAAGAAGAUUCCGUGAGUUUUUAACACUGCAUGCUGCCUUGGAGGAAGAUUCAAGAUUGCGGACUGCUAUGAAAGGUGUUAAGGGGCCUAACAAGUGGUUAAACUUACCAUUCAGCAAACUGGAUUCCACCACCAUUGCUACUCGUAAGCAGUUUCUGGAAAAAUAUCUUCAGUCUGUCAUUCAGAGGCCUGAGGUGAACAUAUCUACCCCAGUAAAGGAGUUUUUGGCCUAUGGAUUAGAUUCAUCAGUGUCAUUUGUUAAGAAGCCUCUUGAGCUGAAUGUUCAUCGCUUAGACAAGCUUCUAGCCAAGACUGUGUCAGGUGUGUUUCAUAGUUUGAAAACAGCUCUGCCUAGUUUUGAAUCUUCUGAUAAUCCAACUGGAGGGACUGAAGUUGUGCCUGUUGUUAGUGGAAUGAGUGGUGGCUCUGGCGGUGAUGGCAUGUUGAAGAGCAAAUCAGGAAGUGGAGUGCUGAGUGAGCGCACUAAGCUAGCUUCAUUUCUUUCCAGUGGUAACAAAGCAGAGUAUGAACUUAAGCUUGAUAUUACAGCAGAAGAAGAGGAGUGCCAGAUAGAAGAGGCUCUGACAGUAGAGGUGUCAGGUGCAUCCAGGGAUGAUUUGGUAGAUACUGCAUAUGAGGCAAGAGAAAACCGCAAUCUCUUUUCUCCUGUACCAUACACACACUUACAGUGUCAGUGUCAGCAAGAACAGCAGCAACAACAGCAACAUCAGCACUCUGUAGUGCUUGGAAGAGGUAGCUUAGUUGCAGGAAGUGGACAGUGUUCUUUAUAUUCCCCAAGUUCUCCAUCCCAUCAUCCUCCUGGUCCCAGAUCUGAAGGUGAUGGCUGUGAUAUGAAUGCUAUCUCACUACAUGAAAGUCGGAAGGAUUCUUUAAAUGAGGAAGAGGUGGGUGCCUCCUGGGAAGAUUGGCCAUUGUCUGUUGGACUUAUGGAUGCUUUAGUGGAGAUCUUAUCCCCUUAUGACCACCCACUUACUCACCAACCGUGCGUCACACUGCUCUCUCUCACUCUUGCCAGAAUUGCCCACAAAUGGCUGCAGGCUGAAUUGGAUCGUUUAUUUUGUGAAAGUAAUACAAUAGAGUACAUUCAGAGCUUGAGAGAGGCAGUAUUAGCAUCUUCAAAAGACAACCCUCGACCUCCACCAUCUCCAGAGGAGGUGGCAAAAUCACGCAUGAAAUUACAGGAAGCACUAAAGGAUUUCAUUCCAG